GAAGAUCUUCCUUGCAGGAACAUGCAAGAAGGAGGUGCAGGCUCCUAUCUCAUCCCAGCAACGUAGCAAGAAAAAGAUGGUAUGUCCAUAUGCAGCUCAUACGAGCGGGAUAUUCGAAAUUCUAACAUGCGAAAGAGAGAAAGGGGGCUAGUAAUUAUUGGAUACGCAUGCCAUGGUGUUGACUAUGGUAAUUAGUUCAGGAUCACGUCUACAGGAGGGUAGGUCUCCUAUCCUAGCAUUGUUGUUAUGGCUUCAGGCUGAUGCUCCAGUAGUCCAUUCCAACAAUAUUGCAGGGAGCUUCAUUCAAAAAAUCCAGACGAUUCAAUGUGGGAAACACUUGAAGACCUUAUUCGGCACUAUAGAUGUUCACAUCGCCGAGUUCGUAUGCAGCUGGCCAAAGCUGGGACAAUUAUAUCAUGGACAGGCACCAACCCAUAGUAAAUUACUAGCAUCAACAACUCGAAUCGAUAAUUGAAUAAAAUCAUAUAUAUCGC